AUGUCGAUUCAAAAUCUGAGUACUUUUGAUCCGUUCGCGGAUGCAAAUCGUGGAGCCGAUGAAGGCGUUCAAGACAGUCUGGUGCAUGUUCGAAUCCAGCAACGCUCUGGCCGUAAAACAUUGACGACCGUUCAAGGACUCUCGGCUGACUACGACUUGAAGAAAAUUGUCCGGGCCUGUAAAAAGGAGUUCGCCUGUAACGGAACCGUUGUAGAACACCAAGAGUAUGGAGAGGUGUUGCAGCUGCAAGGGGAUCAACGCGAAAAUAUUUGUCAAUUCCUGACGAGAUGUGGACUCGUGAAGCAGGAUCAACUCAAGAUUCAUGCCAAGAUGUUCUCCUUUUUGCCUCUAACCGUGCUUUGUAUGCUAUGUCUACGCGUUGAAUCGCACUGGAAACGAUCUCCGGCAGACGUAAACGCCGGGACGACGGAACCCGUCGCGGGGAAAGACCAGAAGCCGCUGGAUCCCGUGGUUGCCAACGCGGAAGACGAGUUUCUGAAAUCUUACGGAGGUUCCUACGGAGGAAAUAAAGGUAACUCAGGGAGAGAAAGUCAUCCAGGUUUGUAUGAUCAACAACAACCAUGCAUUGCUUCAGGUGGCCUUCUAGGCAAUCAGUAUCCCCAAGUUCUUCCUCCGGGACCAGUUGGACCAAACCAGCCAUACGGAUCGAUUCCGGGGAAACCAGGAAAUAACUUAGGAGGUGGAGGAUUACCUCCCGUGCCCCCUGUUGGUUCGCCGGGUGGCUAUGGCCUGGGAAAACCGUCUGGUGGUGGUCUAUCUCCAGUUCCCCCUGCUGUGCCGGGGGUUUACGGACCAGGCAACCCGUCUUUAGGAGGUGGAUUCCCACCAGUUUCACCCGGUGGGCCAGGUGGGUAUGGACCAGGCAACGCGCCUUUCGGGGGAGGGCUUCCGCCAGUUUCCCCUGGUGGACCAGGUGGAUAUGGCCCAGGAGCGUCGAUCUCUCCAGGCGGCCCCUUGCAAUCACAUCCUCAAGUUCUUCCAGCGCCGCCAGGUGGUUAUGGAGGUGGCCCUGGAGUACCACCGAUCAAUUCAGGUCUGCCGUUGAAGGAACCUUACGGCCCUGGAGGCGGACACUCUGGUCCCAAGAAGAGCAAGUACAACAUCCCGAUUGAGAAUCCGAAGUGCGAGUAUCCUUAUGAUUGCGUUCCGUUCUAUCUAUGUCAAGAUGGCUUCAUCCUGGAUACCGGAGAAGGAAUUAUUGAUGUCAGAAAAGAUCUGAAUGAAGAGCCGAAGUUGAUUGGGGGUAAUUGCCCGAAUUACUUGGAUGUGUGCUGUCAACAGCCUGACACCCAGGGUAUCACAACUACACAUCCCGCCCCGUUGUUUCAGCCUCAAUGUGGUCGUCGUAAUGAGCUCGGUUUGGGCGUUAGGAUCAUGUUCAACAAUCAGUCCUACGAAGCGGAGACACAAUUUGGCGAGUUUCCUUGGAUGGCUGCGAUUUUGAAAACGCAGUUGUCUGAGCCAGAUAGCAAGGGCCAUAGAGAGGAAUAUGACGUAUACCAAUGUGGUGGUUCUCUGAUUCAUCCGCAAGUCAUCCUCACUGCAGCUCAUUGCGUUGAAUAUUUUAGAAACGAUCCACAGCCCUUAAAGGUGCGACUCGGAGAAUGGGACACCCAGAGGGAUGAAUACGAGCCAUACCCUCAUGAAGAUCGCAGAGUUACCAAAGUGAUCCUUCAAGAUAAAUUUCACAAAGGAACGUUGUUCAAUGAUGUCGCUUUGCUGUUCCUUGACGAGCCUGUCGAGUUGUACCACCACAUCGACACCAUCUGUCUGCCAGAUUAUGGUCAGAAUUUUGAAGGCAGUUACUGCACUGUCACCGGCAAGUUGGGAAGUUAUCAGGAAGUCCUCAAGAGAAUAGAUGUGCCAGUUGUCAGUAACUAUGAAUGUCAACAUUCAUUGAGGGACACGAAACUCGGGAAAUACUUCCGCCUUCAUCCGUCGUUCAUUUGUGCUGGAGGAGAACCGGAAAAGGAUGCCUGUAAGGGUGAUGGUGGAAGUCCUUUGGUUUGUUUCGAUAAAUACCGACAAUCGUACGUUCAAGUGGGCAUCGUAGCUUGGGGCAUCGGGUGCGGGCAAGGUGGGAUCCCAGGAGUUUAUGCGGACGUUGUUCAACAAGUCGACUGGAUCAACUCAAUCGUCACCGAAUACUUUUCAUUGAAAACUCCCUAUUUCGAUUUAAGGAGUGCCGCGGAAAGAUCCGGAGUUUCGAAACCCGAAGAGAAAAAAGAUGCUGCCACGAAAGUUUGAAAAAGAUUAUACCCGAAGAAACUGAAGGACCUAGACCUAGUUUCCGUCGCUUGGUGAAGAAAACAUGUAUUUUACAGUCAAAAAUUAUCUCGUUAUACUGUCAAUUUGUUUUUCUGUUGAAUUUCUUUCGAGUCUUAUCUUCUGAAACAGUCCGGAAACAUCUGUCGUCAUGCCUUCUUAUUGUGCAACCAGUUCAGCUAAGCUGAUAAAUAUGUUUGUCACGCCAGUUUUUUCAAGCCAAGAUAACUUGUUUCUGUUGCAAUGGUAACUUAAAGCUGAUUUUUCUUUUUUAAGCGAUGCUCUCGAUCAUCGUGUUCUUUUUUCUUAAAUCUGAAACGAAGACGAUGGAAAGUAAUCAGACGCCUGCUCAGUUUUCAUCAACACUGAAACUUUCUUGCGCUUGCUGGAUGGUGCGAAAAAAUUUUCCAAUUUCGAGAGUCGUACAUAAAUUGAUGGGAAAUGAAUCUCA